AUGACAGACAAGGAGAGUAUCAGCCCUAGCAGCCCUGGCGUGACUGCAGAGCAAGGCAGAAGUUCAGUGAACAGGAACGGCCACACCAUAGCGACGUUGUCUAACUUCAAGUCCCCAACUGAGGUUCCUUCUCUACGGGGUCCGAGGAAGACCCAGAGCAGCUCAUUGGAGGAGGAAGAGAAGGCCUGGAGGACCAAUAAGAGAACGGCGCUGUCCAGAGGAUCUAACUUGACCCGCUCUGGGAGUGUCAAGGACCUGAUCCACAAGUUCUCAGGCUCAGAGAACGGCGAAUCCUCGUCAGUCAAUGAAAACGGCUCACCAGUUCUGUCAAUGGGCGGAUCCCUGCCUGAAGACUCUAACCGGCCAAUCAGGAUGUCCACAGCCAGAACUGAGGAGGUACUGGCCUAUCAGAACUCCCAGUCCAACACAAACACACCCACUCCCAGUAUUACCACAGUACAGACCCAGAGCCCAGUCAGGAUGUCCACAGCCAGGACUGGCACCACAGAGACUAAGACAGUGGUCAAGUCCACCUCCCAGUCCAACCCAGACAUUCCCAGCAGCACCACCGUAGACAGCCAGAACCCGGUACCUUCUAUUAAAGUGACCCCUCCACACAGAGAGUCUCAGCCCGGCCUUAACGGGGCGAAGAAACGCUCGCCACAGCCCAGCAGUCCUUCAGACAGUCAUUCACAGAAGAGCCAGGGCCAGAACCAGGGUGGCUCUCACAGAGAGUCUAUGGCCGGUUCUGGAAUGGGUUCGGAAUCAGACUUUGACCCCAACAAGAGGCCUGAAAGUCCCUCAUCUGAAGAUGAGCCAUCCAAUCCCGUCAAAGUCCGCCAGAACCCCAAAUACCAGCUGUUCCUGGGUGGAGACAUGAUGGGGAACGGUUCCAGGGAUACAAAUGGAACGUCUGGGGGAGAGAACGGGAAUGGGAGAGAACCCAGGAACAGUUCCCGUUGGGACAGCACUAGCUCCAGAUUCGUGCCAAACUACCGCGGGUCCCUGGAGUCUCUGGCCUCACGGGACUGGGACACCAUGUCAGACAGGCUGGGAGGUUUAGAGAGUCCCCCCAGGGCGUUCAACAGUCCCUACGCUACAGCGGCUUCCACGGAGUACAACCCUGGCAUGUACCGGAUGUCAGAGUAUAAAAUGCAGGAGGUGAUGUCUCCAGCCACGUCAGAGCUGAACCUGUUUAACAGCUACAACAGCAGGAGUACCAGCCCCGUGCCCUACUUCACCCCGGCUGUGACUGCCCCACGUACACGCUUCUCAACCUACGACACCAUCAGGAGGGAGGGACCAGCAGUGAUGCCAAGCCAUCUCCCCAUGCGGCCCACUGUGUCGUCUGUCGCUAUGCCCAACAAGAGAGACUACAUCGAGGAGCUGACCAGGCAGAUGGAUGCCUGUCAGAAGAGGAACCAGUUCCUGGAGGCAGAGAGUGUAGAGAUGGACAAGGAGAGGAACCAGAUCAGGCUGGAGAUGAGAAGCCUGUUGGUGAACAACGAGGACCUUCUCAGAACCAACAGUACCCUGCAGAUUGAGAUGAAGAGGAUGAGGGAGAGGAUGAUAGAGCUGGAGAGAGACAACAUGGCCAUGACGGAACGCUUUCAGAGUAAUGGAGGUAGGCUACUGGACUGGGCUACAGAAACUGCACUGUGUACCUCUGGACUACACAGAAACUACACCGUGUACCUCUGGACUACACAGAAACUACACCGUACGGAGAUGACCGAGGCCAGAGACCUGAUGGUGGAGGCUAACACUCAGGAAUAUGCCUUCAACUUCCUGCAGCAGUCUCUGAAGAAUAAGAUACAGGAUGCCGAGGAGGCACUAGAGAAGCAGUCGCUCCAUGCCCAGGGCCUGUCGGAGAAGCUGUGGCUGUCUGAGAGACAGUUGGAGGAGCUAGAGGUGGACAAGGAGACACGGGACAAGAGGACAUCAGAGCUCAGCGACACCGUCUUCAGACUGGAGAUUGAGCUAGGAGAGGCCCUACAGAAAGCCACCCAGGCCUCAGCAGAGCUCAGUCUGCACCCAGAAGCUACGAGAUGA